AUGAACUUUUCACCCUUCGGGACACACUUUCCCGGUACCAUACCGGGAAUCCAUCAGUUUGCCAGCUCCGGUCUGGGCGUUCCGACGACAUCCCACGACUCCAGCAAUCGAUACCAUUCCAUCAACUCGAACGUCAACAUGGCCCACUUCAACCAGAGCCACGGUCCCAUUUUGGGCAAGUUCCAUCGCGAGCAGGACUCCAGUAAUGCUGUCGGUGGUGCAGGUGGCGGAGGUGGUGCGUCCAACAACAAGUACAAUGGCCACACUUCAUCGGGAGGCGGAGGAGCGUCCGCCAUUCCGACCACGACCACGAGCAGUGGAGGCCAGCAGUACUCGCACCCGUACAGUAGUCAGCACUCGGACGUGGCCUCGGAUCACAAGCAGCGUAACAUGUACGCGCAGUCGUCGGUUGGCAACAGUUCCGGUGGCACCGGUGGAGGCAACGGUGGCCAGAGCGCUCAGGAGCUCAGCCAAGACAUCAGUGCCUUGCUGCAGCAGGCCGACAGUAAGCGGGUGUUGCAAAAUCCCAGCUGGCAGUCGCUUACACCGGGCGCGUCCGUGGCGGACUACCUGUCCCAUCUUCCCGGCAGUGCCCUGCCCCUGUCGCUGCACCACUUUCUCAAGUAUUCGGCCGAAAACAUCAAGAAGGAAGCCCAGAACCCGCUGUCCAGCCUGGACAUGUCGCAACCGCAGGGACACAACGCCAACAAUGCUCACGGAGGGGGCACCGGCAGUGGCAUGGUCCUUCCGGCCUCCCAGACUAUCGCCAGCAUUCUGGGCCAUCCGAACCACCAGCCGGGCGGUCUCGGUCACCCGUCGAACGUGCAGGCAGCCAGUUCGUCUACGGUCGGUGCUGCUGGCGGAAACGGUGCGGCGGGGACGGACAAAAAGAAAAAGAAGAAGAAAAAGAAGCCACCGAAGGAGCGCAAACCGCGUCCCAAGCCGGGUGAGAUUCAAGUACGAACGGCGCUCGACGGCAGUUUGUUGUUCCUGUGCCCGGAGUGUCAAAUGGCGUACCCCGAGCGUGAACUGCUCGAACAGCACCUGAUCGGCCACAAUUUGGAGCGACGCUUUAUCUGCGACAUCUGCAACGCGGCGCUCAAACGAAAGGACCACCUAACGCGCCACAAGCAGAGCCACAACCCGGAGCGACCGUUCGCCUGCACCAUCUGUCUGAAGGCGUUUAAGCGCAAGGAGCAACUGACGCUCCACUUUGUCAUCCACUCGGGCGAAAAGCGGCACAUUUGUCAGGAGUGUGGCAAAGGAUUCUACCGAAAGGAUCAUCUGCGCAAGCAUACCCGAUCGCACAUAGCACGCCGCUUGAAGGCGGAACUGAGCCAACAGCAAGGACCCGGCUCGGAUGGACCGUCCACCAGCACGGCCAGGGGAGCACCGAGCCAAGCACAAAACGCCAGCAGCCAGCAGCAACAGGCUGCUUCACAACAGCCGACCCCUCAGCAGCAGCAGCAACAGCAGGCAGCACUUCAGGCACAGUUAGGGCAAGCUCAGCAGCAGCAAUCCGGCCAGCUCCAACCACCGCAGUAUCAUUCCCUUCCCCCGGUUCCUGGUCAGUCUCAAAUGAUGUCCUAA